UUUCGUAAUUUCAAGAAUUAGGGUUUCUAUACUUAACCCAGAUAAGAACCCAAAAGCCGUUAGCUACUUCUUCCACUUUCUCCUCAGCUGGUGCGAAAAUCCUAGCGCCUUCAGCAUCGGUUUGUGAAAUGGCCAAGUCCAAAAAUCACACAGCUCACAACCAGUCGUACAAGGCCCACAGGAAUGGCAUCAAGAAGCCAAGAAAGCACCGCCAUUCAUCUACCAAAGGAAUGGAUCCUAAGUUCUUGAGGAACCAGAGGUAUGCCAGGAAGCACAACAACAAUAAGAGUGUUGGAUCUGCCGAUGAAGAGUAAACAAAUCCCUUAAAGUAACCAUGGCUAGCACUGCUUUUUGAAUUUGGGAUUUUUUUUUAUCUUGUUUUUUGUAUGGAAUUAUAGUGGUUAUUUACUAGAAUGGAACCUAAUUUAGUUUGUUAUUCUGUUAUCUAAACCAGUUAUUAGUCUCUUUUAAUCAAUGACAUUGUCUUUGCAGUUUUAUUCUGA